AGAACAGAGGAGGUCGAAUCUGGAAAGUUCGUCAGAAAGUGCGAGAAAACAGAAGAGCUUCUCAGGAAUUGCAUCGGAAAGCCUGUUGAAGUAUUGCAAUCUAACAAAGAGUAUACCGAAGAGGAUAUAACAGACGAGGUACUUAAAGGAAGGUCUGUUCCAUCUAGCUCAUCAGACCAUGGUGUGUUUGACUUCCCAGGGCUACGAAAUGAUAUCGAAGUCAUGGAACGUAACCUUUUCCAUGGUCUUGGUCGUUUCCUGGAAUCAGCUGAAGAAAUGACGAAUGGCUUUUUUGAUGUUUUUGGUAAGUCUCCAAGGAUCUUCGAUGCAGAGUCGUCUUCACCCUCUGUGAGGCGAGAGAUCCCUGUUGCAAGUCGCCCAGAAGCGUAUCCUAAAACCCAGCAGAAGGAAUCAGGAGAUACUGAUUAUGUUUCUGUCGCUCAAGAUGUUUAAACUUUGAACAUCGACAUCUGGACCACAACCAAGUCCUGUAAUAACAUUUUUCUCUGCAUCUUUGGAGCUGUUUAACUUCUUUUAUUUUGUUUUAAGCUGUGACACAUGUAACGUAUGACCAAUUUUUUAUCUUUUCACUCAAAUAUAGCCCAUACGAAUGAAAACAAAUCCAGUUUUAGACAAA